AUGGCAAACUCGAAGGAUCCACCAGCGUCGCCAAUGAAGCAGUCUAGGAUAUCUACGUUUUUCUCACAAAGUCCUACAUCUCAGGCGAAAACUGCCAGGCGACACUCACCUGUACCCGAUGAACGACCGUCCAAACGCCAAAAGACAAUCCAAAAGCCACUAUUUCGCCAGGACUCCCCACAGCUUGACUCAGAUUCAGAACUGCAUGGAAACCAGCAGCAUUCAGUAGCGACAGAAAGAUGGCGACAUCGUCGUUCCCAGUCUCCUGAAAGUCACCCUCUUCAGCUCUCUCCUGCAGAGCAGGCCUCUCGCGACAACUUGCGUGCCGUGCUUUCCAAGAAACUUGUCAUCGAAAACAACGUCUCUAGAAGACGAGACUUGGAUAUACAGCAGGAUUUUGAACCCUCUGAUGAGGACGAGACGGACGACGAGGAACAGCGUUCCGUAGCUUCAGACGGCGACUCGGACAGUCAGUUUAAGGCUCUGCAGGAGAUGUUCUCUCAACCCUCGAAGAGUAAACUCAAGGGGAAGGCAGCCAGUGGAAAGAAGUCAGUCAAACCGCGCGGCAAGACUGUAGAGAUAGGGCCCAGUGGAAAGCGAUAUACGCCUCUGGAGCUACAGGUUCGUCAAUUGAAGGACAAGUAUGAAGGUGUGCUCCUCAUGUUUGAAGUGGGAUAUAAAUACAUGUUUUAUGACAAUGACGCCCGUAUUGCUGCCAAGGAGCUCGGAAUCGUCUGUUUCGUGAAGCGUAAUUUUGAGACUGCAUCGAUCCCUACCCACCGCGGUGACAUACACCUGAAGAAGCUGCUCUCUCAAGGCCACAAAGUAGGCAUCAUCGCCCAGACAGAAACCGCUGCAUUGAAGAAAGUUGGUGAAAACCGAAAUGCGCCUUUCACUCGGGAACUUGCUCACCUAUACACCGCCACGACCUUUGUAGAUGAGAUGGACUCGGUGGAUGCAUCUGGCGCUUCGGCUCCUCUCCUCAUGUGUGUGGUCGAGGAGCCAAAAGGUGGCAUGGGUGUAGACGAAAAGGUCAUCGUUGGGAUGAUUGUUGUUUGUCCUAACACGGGCGAUGUGACCUGGGACGAAUUCGAAGAUGGUCACAUGCGCACGGAACUCGAAACGAGAAUGGUCCACACAAAGCCAGCGGAGUUAUUACUCUCAGGUCAGAAACUAAGCAAGCCGACCGAACGCAUGCUAGGCUACUUCGUGACGCACGCUAAUGGCGACCAUAAGAUUCGAAUGGAGAGAUACAAAGACCCGAUGACUUAUUCGGAUGCCUUUGAAUAUGUGUCCGCAUUCUACACACGCAAGACAACGUCUUCGAAGGCGUCUGAGAGCUUCAAGUCCGGUGAACUAAUGGCUGCUGUGACCGAUUUCCCGAAGCAAGUCGUAAUCGCUUUGGCCCAGUGCAUCAGACAUCUGGAAGCCUUUGACAUCGCGGAUUCACUCCUGGCCACAAAAUUUUUCAGCGCGUUUAUUACCACGAACCACAUGCUUCUGAAUGGCAACACACUCACGAACUUGGAGAUCUAUCGAAAUGAGACUGAUUUCACGACACGGGGGUCUCUGAUGUGGAUACUGGAUCGUACGACAACAAAAUUUGGCUCCAGGCUGCUUCGAAGUUGGGUCGGUAGGCCACUGGUGAAUAAAUUAGCAUUGCAAGAACGUACAGACACUGUGGAAGAAAUUGUUGCCAGCCCUUCCAUGAAGUUGGUUCAGCUGCGGUCGGCCCUCAGGGGUCUUCCUGAUCUCGCAAAGGGUCUCAGUCGAAUUCAAUACGGCAAGUGCACACCCAAAGAGCUCUCAGUUCUCUUGCCAGCGUUCAACAAAGUCGCCAUUAUCUUCCCCGCCAUGGACAACGUCUCCGAUGUCGGCUUCAAGUCGCCAAUCUUGAACGACAUAAUCGCAACCUUGCCUCGCCUGCGCGAACCGGUACAGGAGCUGAUAAGCAUGAUCGUGCUCAAACGGGCUGCGGAAGGAGACAAAACACUGAUGUGGUCGGAUUCGGAAAAGUAUCCAGCGUUGGCUGAAGCAGAUAUGGGCAUUCAGGCGGUUGAAAUGGACCUGGCCGAUGAACUGAAGUCUAUUAGGCGUGUCCUGAAGAAGCCUGCUCUACAGUGGAGUUCUAGCCGGGGAGAUGAGUAUCUCGUCGAAAUACCGAAAGCCGAAUCCUCCAGAGUGCCUGCUACUUGGCACUUGAUCUCCAGUACUAGUAGAUUUCGCCGAUACCACAGCCCAGUCGUCAAAGCCAAGGUCCAAGAACGAGCACAAUUUAAAGAAAUGCUCGAAGCAGCCGCUAACGACGCCUUCAAGUCCUUCCUCAACGAGAUCUCUCAAAAUCACUACGCCCUUCUCCGUGACGCCGUUAACAAGCUCGCCAUCGCUGAUUGUCUUAUGAGCCUGGCUCUCGUCGCAAUGAAAGGAGACUACGUCAAGCCUGAAUUCACGGAUGAAGUCGACACACUUGAGAUCAUCGACGGUCGACAUCCAGGAGGAGAAGAGUUGAAGUCAGAACCAUUUGUGCCGAAUUCGGUGACCAUGGGCCAGGGCGGUCAGCGGAGCAAGAUCAUCACGGGUCCUAACAUGGGAGGAAAGAGUUCGUCCGUGAAGAUGAUUGCUCUCAUUGCUAUAAUGGCACAGAUAGGGUCGUACGUCCCUGCAAAGGCCGUCAAAUUGAGCAUGAUGGAUAGUAUUUUGACGAGGAUGGGAGCCUCCGACGAGCUUGCGCGUGGACGUUCUACGUUCAUGGUCGAGAUGUCUGAGACGAGUGACAUCCUGUCGCAGGCAACUAGCAAGAGCCUCGUCAUCCUUGACGAACUUGGCCGUGGUACUUCCACUUUCGACGGUAUGGCCAUAGCGCAGGCGGCCAUGCACCACCUUGUGCAAGUGAAAAAGUGCAAGACCCUUUUCAUCACCCACUAUCCGCUUGUGGCAACCGAACUUGAGCGACGCUUCCCUCAAGAGGUGCAGAACCUGCACAUGGGUUUCAGAGAGGAAUCUCGAAUUAACGGCAUCCGGGAAAUAUCCUUCCUGUAUCGGCUGACUGAAGGCUUGGCCACUGAGUCCUUUGGGAUUGAGUGUGGACGAUUAGCCGGAAUACCCGAAGAGGUCCUGCAAGCCUCAGCUGUCCAAGCGGCGAAAAUGCGUCGGCAAGUCGAGGAACGUCACAGGCGAAACAAGACUCGGAAAGCUGCCCUUUUGUUGCAGCGCUGUCUGCAAGCACCGUGCAGCGACACCUUAGACAAUCUUCGAGACGCCAUGGAUUCGCUGUCAACGACCCAGACUAAUAUAUAGAUACUAGCAUCCCACGAUCUACAAGGACGGACAUCAUGCAGUCUUGGAUUUUUUCCGCUUCGCCUUCUUCCCAUUUACCACUGGACUCUCAUCUACAGCAUCAUCCGCCUUCCGCUUUCCUGUCUUGGAUUGACUACCUUCCCCAUUUUUCUUGGAUUUUACCUUACCAUCUCCCGACUGUGCUUGGAUUAAUUGCAGGACCUGUUUGCACAUGGAAUGUAACCCGGUAGAGGUCUUGAACCGAUCGUUCGUGGUAAGAGCAGUGAGGACGUCGUUCCAUGCGGCGGGUGUCCAGGCUUUCGACAGGUCACCAGAUUUGUCCGAAGUAUAUCGCUUGGUCUGACGGACUGCGAGGAGCGCGAGCUUGAGGAGGUCUUUCAUUUGUGCUGCUGAGAAUGUGGACUCCCGGCUUGCGCUCGUGAUCACCUCUUGCAGACGUAUCGAGAGCGCUGUCAUGAAUGGCACGAACUCGGCUUGUCGAUCCUCCAAGGAAGGCAUCUGGUUGAUGAGCGUGUGGACAAGGUUGAAUGCCUGGCAUUGGCGGUAGGUGUUGACGGCCUUGCUCGUAACGCUUAGCAUAUCGUCUCGCAGACCCCACGCAACAGCUGGGUGCCGCUUGAUGAGGUCGUCGAAGAACUUCGCGUUGAGGUCGGACGCCUUCCGGGUGAUGAAAUCGACCAAUGAGUCUCGAUAUACUUUGGCCACUGCGUCAUCUGCCUGGCUUUGCAAGAGCACCUUGGAGACAUAGAGACUGCAUUGGCUGAUGAUGGCCAAUGCAUCCGAUGAAUGCACCUUCCGAGCACGGGUGUGUAGAUCUUCAAGUACGGGCGCGACUUCGGUUUGGUCCAUGUUGGAGGGUACAUCCUUCAGCUUGCCGAUGCGAGAACGAAGCAGACCGCCGGUUUUGUCGGAGAGUUGACGUUCGUCGGACCCCGAGCCGAGGACGAGGUCGACGAGGGGAAUGAUGAGGCGAACGAUGAGAGGCGAGGUGGGUUGUCUUUUGAUAAAGAUAUCGACGAGGUCAAGGAUACGGUUCUUGAAAUGAGUGGCUUCGCGUUGUGCGUUUUCGUCUUUGCCCUUGCCCUUCCUUUGUUCCUUGAAUAUUUGAGCCAGCUGAUCAUCAAUGGCUAUCAUCUGGUCGUCGUCCAUGUCCUCCUCUUCAGACUCGUCAUCGGAUUCGCCGGUAGCAGCCUCUAUACCGUUUGCCCUGAGAACCUCGGUGAUCUUCCUGCGAAGCUCAGGAUCCUCGGCUUCGUCUCCUUCACUCUCGUCGUCGUCCUCCCCGGUUUCCUCUGAGUCAUCCUCUGACUCUUCAAUUUCCUCGUCACCAACUUCCUCGCCAUCAUCUUCGAUGUCAUCCAUCUCGUCGUCCUCGUCCUCAUCAGCCAAAAGCUCCGACGGAUCUCGACGUUCGAGUUGGCUCAAGAUCAGGUCCACCGUUGUUCCCUCGACAGCUCCACUGAGCAGCGAAAAGCUCUGGUUCCCGACGGCGCGCAUGUAAGCCGUCGCUCUCUCCAUGAAGCCAAUGAUUGUAUCAACGAGCACGUCGAUCGGCUCAUUUGACGGUGCCUCCUCAGCAGCAUCUUCGGUGGCAUUUUGUGACUUCUUGGAAUUUUUUGAGGACUUUUUUGAUCCUUCGGGGAAGAGACGGGUGGCGCCGUCGAUGCAGGCCUCUAAUGACUCACUAUCACUCGAACCGGCGGUCUCGUCUGACGCGUGCAGUUGCAAAAGACAUGAAAGAAUAAGCAGCUCUGCACCCCUCGCUGUCUCCUGCUUCUCGCCAGUCACCUCAUGCAGCCUCUGCGCCACCGCCACUGCCUUCUCAUUCAACUCCAAUUCAUCCUCCUCAAGCUCCCUUACGAACUCGACAUGCUUCGAAUCCUUCCGUAGCUGCUCAACUGUACGAAGCACCUUCGAGACCCAGAACUCUCCAUCUGAUGAAACACCGGUCAGUUUCUGUGCUUUGGAGUCAUCGCUGUUGGUUGAUUUGAUGACGGUUGAUUGGGUGGUGAGUUCGGCAAGGCAGCUUAGGAGACGGGCACGACAUUGCUUCCGGAGGUCAUCCGACAGAGGUGGUGAGAGGACCGAGCGGAUCGCUAAUAGAGGGCCCUUCUCGGAUUUCUUCUUGAUGAUGAACAUACCAUGAACGGUGAACCAGUUCAAGAUUGUAUGCAGCCAUUCGUCGUUUUUAGGGAUGGCGCCAUUCCGUACAAGAGCGGCAAGCUGGUCGAUGACCCAGCUUCGACGAGAGUUGACGACCUGGAUAUCUUCCUGUUCUUCGCCCGCUUUCUCGCUGAAUUGACUCAAUAAGUGGUCGAUGUAAGACUUGAUGCCGGUCGUAUCCAUAGUCGUCAGGAGAGACUCAACGGUCUUCGUCUUCGUCAACUUAUCGAACUGUUGGCUGCCGUGGACACCAGUCAACUGUAGGAUGAACGAAAAACCAAUGGUCGGGUCUUUCUGCACGACGGUUUGCAUCGAUCCUGCGAUCUGUUUCGCAAAGCUAUGCAAGUAACGAUCAAAGUGGGAAAGGUGGUUGAUCCACGUCCGCAUGAAGUUCUUGGUGAAGAGCAUGGGCAGGUCUGAGGCUUGAACCCGAGGGAGGGCUUUUUGGAAGAUAGCGAAGCCCCAGUAUUUACGCUCGAUAGACGCAGAGUUGGCAAAUAAUGACUCAUCGACCACGAUGCGGAAGAAUUCCUGGAACGAGCCUUUCGGGGCACGCUUGCUGUCGAGAGGAGGCACAAGCUCGUCGAGUAAAACAUCCCACACAUAAUGUACCUGGGGCUUCCACGACCUUGCGUUCACCUUCGGUGCGUCCUCAUCAUCUUCUGCACUAGCUUCCCUAAGGAUUUUGGACAAUGCGACCAUAUUCCCUGUGUGCAGCACAUCCCCGUGCUUCAACGUAGGUCCCAGGAGCUUCUUCCACUCUUUGUCCGGCCACAUUCUCUGCAUCUUCACCGCCAACGCCACCUUCUCCGGUCCCCACGUCUUACCCUCCUCCCCAAACACCAUCUCUAGCACCUUAUCCACCGCCUCAUCCUUCCACUCGACUUCCUCACCGCACUUACUCAAACUCUCGGUAGCCAAUCCUAAAGUCCACCAUGCGCUCUCUCUCAACCAGCUCUUUUUCUCGCCUAGAGCUAAGAGUUCGCUGAUAACAGAGGUAAAAGAUUCGAGGCUUGAGACGGAGGUGGUGUGGGAGCUGGAGGAGGGGAGCGGAGUUUGACGGGUGAGAAGGCCAGAUUGGAUGAGGGAAGUGAGACCGAAGAGACGGGCGAAAAGGAGAUCGCGUUCUUCUUGGCCAGUGAGGGAGUUCGUGGUUUGUGAGGCCGAGAUGAUGAGGGAGAUGAUUUGAGAAGAGGUGACGGUGUCGAUGCGAGAGAGAAGCUCAGUCAAAGCAACAGAAAACCCAAGCCUGCUACUCUCCCUCGGACUAGCCAAUCCCCUAAUCAACCUCCGUAUCGAGUACGAUACAUCGGCCGCAUUCAACAGAUUCAGAGCCUCAUCUUCCGCGUUCUUCCCCUCCUCCUCGUCUUCGUCCUCCUCCUCGUCUUCUUCGUCUUCCUCUUCACUCGACCCCUUAGUCACAGGCACAUGUGAAGCCUGCAGCGUCUCCAAAACAGUGAUAAGCUUGACAGAGGCAUCCAAUCGUUCCUUCUUUUUCG